AUGGCGCUGGAAGAUGGACCAGCGCCGAAGCUAAAGGGAAGGUGUUGGGAAGCUGGGUAUGUGUUUGUUAAGCACAACCUGCUGCUGGUUGAAAGACACCAGGUACAACAUUGGAAUGACCUAUGUGCAAAUGCUCAUGAACCCUGGAAACGGCUUCACAUUGGAGGCACCAUUUUGUCCGUGAAUGGCAUCACUGGGGAUACCAAGCGUAUGCAGCAAGAAAUGGAAAAAACCCAACAGGCUGAGCUUUUGAUUUGUAACCCUCCCGGCAUUUCCUCACUUCGUGCCGUGAUGGCUGCAUGUGAGGGGGCAGAUCUGAAAUUGCAUCAGACCUUCUGGCAAGAUGUGGAGGCGGCAGCAGCGAUGCCCGCAGCGCGCACAACACUUGAGACAUUAGCUGACUGUGACGUGCGAGAAGCGGAAAUGAUGCCACAAGUUGAAUGCGCCAACAUUUCAGUGGUUGUCACCACAAGCCCAGUUCGUUCCAAUCCAAGCACCGAUCUUCUGGAAAGGGUGCUGUUGAGUUUGCACCUCGUGGGCCUGGCGCAUGUGCCGCGGAUCAUUGUGUGUGAUGGCUACAAGAUUUCUGCUGGCAAAUCCAAUCACAAGGCUGGAAAGAUCAGCGUGGCGGAGGCCGAGCGAUAUUCCGAAUACAUCCAGAAGCUGCAAGAGCGUGCAACUGGAGCAGAAUCAGUUCGAUCUGCAUAUUUUCGCACGCAGAUUCUGGUUCUGCCAGAUCAUCAUGGCUUCGGCUUUGCGGUCAAGAGUGCGUUGGCCGAAUUUGGUUCAUGGGUGCUGGUGAUCCGAGCCGUGGAACCCGCGGUGCGCGCGAAACAGCGAGGCUCCUUGGUGCAGAAGGGGGACUUCAUCGAGGAGACGGUGGGCAUCGCACAACGGGAGGACAUCAUCCAACAUGGUGACUUGGAUCAACGGAAAGGGGAAGGGGUUGCCGCGCCCCUGGUCGGCAAUAUAGAGGCACCCACCGAUGAUCCAAUGAGACAACGGCAACGCGAGAAUGUCAACUAUGAGACGCGGUUUGGCCUCAAUUAUGAUCCGCCAGCCAUCAUCCUCGAAUACCUUGAGGUCAGCACUGGCAAGCUGUUCCACCGCAAGGUUGCGAUGAAACGGCUGCGAGCCAGCACAGACCCUGCGAGGAUAGCUGAGAAGCUACGGCAGGUGAAUCGGCCUUUGCUCACCGAGGAGCCAUCGCCGCCAUGGAUGGUGGCUUUACCAAAUCUGUGGGCAUUUGUGGCUUUGUGGACUCAAGAUGAUGAGACGAUCAUGGCCUUGAUGGAUGUCAUCCAGAGUCACCUGAAGGCCCAGCAUAUCACGCAAGACCAGAAGGCCUUAGGAAGUAUUGACAAAUCCUAG